AGUCAGGCCCGCCUCUCCGCAGGCUCCGCCCCGUAGCCCCGCCCUCCCUCUGUUUUCUGGACUGCCUACCAGCGCAGCCUGAGCCGCUGAGUGUUGGUCAGCGGGCGCCGAGAAAUGGACCAAUUUUGACAAGAUGUAGUGCAGCAGCCCUCCUGGUUGGACAUGUUCAGUCAUGGCAUCCGAACUCUGUAAGACGAUCUCUGUGGCCAGGCUUGAAAAGCACAAGAAUUUGUUCUUAAAUUACAGGAAUCUGCACCAUUUUCCACUGGAGUUACUGAAAGAUGAAGGGCUACAGCACCUGGAGAGGCUCUACAUGAAAAGGAACUCCCUCACAACCUUGCCAGAAAACCUUGCUCAGAAGCUUCCAAACCUUGUGGAACUGUACCUUCACUCAAACAACAUAGUUGUGGUUCCAGAAGCCAUUGGGUCCCUUGUGAAGCUCCAGUGUCUGGAUCUCAGUGACAAUGCCUUAGAGAUCGUUUGCCCAGAAAUCGGCCGUCUGAGAGCAUUGCGUCAUCUUCGAUUAGCUAAUAACCAACUACAAUUCCUACCUCCAGAGGUUGGCGAUUUGAAGGAGCUGCAGACACUAGACAUUUCUACCAAUCGUUUGCUAGCUUUACCCGAGAGGCUUCACCUGUGCCUUUCUCUGCAGUACCUCACUGUGGACCGCAAUCGGCUAUGGUGUGUGCCGCGUCACCUCUGCCAGCUGCCCAGCCUCAAUGAGCUCUCCAUGGCUGGAAACCGUCUUGCAUCUUUGCCAGUUGAUUUAGGUCGCUCUCGAGAACUGCAGUAUGUGUAUGUGGAUAACAACGUCCAGCUGAAGGGCCUGCCCUCGUACCUCUACAACAAAGUCAUCGGCUGCAACGGCAGGCUCUACAGCCUGACUCACACCCCAUGGAGCUCAGCGAGAAGACAGGCAACAAUACUGAACACAGAGGAUGCUGUUUCUGGCUGUGGCAUCCCCAUCCAGUUGUCAGAGGUGAGGCUGCUGACCUUUUCAUCUGGGCAGCUGACCGUCUUCCUCCCAGCAGAGGUGAAGGCAAUAGGCACAGAGAACGAUCACGUCCUGCCUCUGCAAGAACUGACCAUGCGGAGUCUCUAUCGCACCUACCAUAGGCUUUGGAAAGAUCUGAACUUUUUGUCUCCAAUCUCAUUACCCAGAAGUCUCCUGGAGCUGCUGCACUGCCCCCUGGGGCACUGUCACCGGUGUAGUGAGCCCAUGUUUACCUUCGUCUAUCCUAAGCUCUUCCCCUUGAGAGAGACACCUAUGGCAGGCCUGCACCAGAGGAGGACAAGUAUUGGCUUCGUGGCUUACUGCUGUUCCACCCAGUGUCUGCGGACUUUUAACCUGCUGUGUUGAUAAACACUCGAGCCUUAGGAGCACUGCCAGCUCAGCCACUGCAACUGCCUGCCAUCGCCCAGGAUGUGCGGCCGGGCCAGGAGAGGCCAGCCAGGCAGGACAGACCCUUCCAUCCUGCCCUGUCCUGUCCAGAGAAGGGGCAUCUGAACUCUCUGGAAAUGUCCUGAUUGGGCUUCACAACUAAAAGGCCUUCACCUUUCCCUCAAGUCGGAAUAUAUCCUCCCCCAAAUUAAGGACAUUUUGUCUUCUGUGUUUUUCUUUGUGAGUGUGUUUCAUACAUAAGCUUAGUCAGAUGAGCUUCCCCACAUCUAAUUUAAAGCGAGCUACAGUUCCCUGAAGAACUCUUAAUUUGGUAAUAGGACCAAAUUAACUGUUGGAUGGCACACCUUUGGUGAUGAUCCUCUGUCUUUCCCCAGAGGAUCAUUUCCCCUUGAGACUAUUCUCAUGAGCUUCUCCAUUAGAAACUUGUCAGUUUCUGGAGUCUCUGCGACCCCUAUGGCCUCGGCAGCCAGCACAGCAGGGCAGGGCACCUGGGCUGGAGCAGUUAGACUCCUGCAGAGCCACAGCGGGCUCCAGAGCACACGCUCUCUGGAAAGUUCCUGUCUUAUAUUUCUAAGUUUUGCAACCUAUGAAGACAUUUUUUGAGAGGGAUUUAAAAACAAAAAUGUAGACACUAAUUGAAUAUACUUUUGUUCUAAACUAUUACAGAAAAAGACACUUUGAAAUAUUGGGGAUUUUUUUAUGCUAAAAUUUUUCUUAUAAUUGGUAAGCUUGACAUCUCUGAUCUCCUGCUGUUAAUGGGGCUUAGUGUAUUUACCUAGUAUGUGAAAUUGCCUUCAUUUUCCUCUGAUUUCUCCCUAGGGAAACAGAAGGAAUGAAUGGGUCCACACUCCACCUUUGCAAAAAGCCCAUGAGCUUUCCUUUGCCAGAGAGAUGAGCUCUCUGGGAGGGUGUGGGGUGGGGGGCGGACUGAUUUGCUCUUCCUUUAAAAGGAUGCCACUGUAAUCUGCUUUACUUUCAGGUGUUCAUUUCGUUGCUGUGGAGUACUGCUUUUGGGGGUAAAAGUUCUCUAUUUACUGGUAUGAUUUAUGUAAAAUGAGUAAAAGGAGAAUCAAGAAGGGUUGCUUGGUGGAAAAACUAUUUCCCAAAACUUUGGUUGGCAACAUUUUGUUAGCCAGCCUAACUGUAAUUCUAGGCUCUAACAGUGCCAAAAGUCCUACAUAGUUACUGACAAGUGUGUGAUCUCUUUGCAGUCACACCACCUGCUGCCCAAAAAACUGACUCUCCAAGUAAUGGCAGAGGCAGAAAGCGGCCAUGCAUACCAUGUGUCGCCACUGUCCCUACUUCCUCCUGUCCCUUUCGCAACUUGCUCUGUUCAGCCUUAAUAUUUCAAAGGCCUACAGUAUAAUAGGAACUGAGCGUCUGGAUCAAAUGUACCUCUUCUUUCAUCCUUCGGAAUAAUGGAAGUUUCAGCACAAGCCCUACAUGUAUAUAAGCUGGAGGCAGGAAAAUGUGAUCUGACACUUCACAUAUGUGCUUGGCUUAAAUGAACAGCAGCGAAAUACAGGGCUGCACCUUUGUUUCGCCCUCAACCAUCUUAUGUCUUAAGUGGAGCUAUGACAUGUCACCCUGAUACUCAGGAAUUCUCAUUGAGAGACGGUGUAGGAUACUUUUGUUCUAACUUGUUUAAAUUCUUAAUAAAGGUGUUUACCCUCCA